AUAUUGGCUUUAUAUAUACCCCCCCAACCCCCAAUGCUCCUAUCUCUCCCUCUCGUCCUCUUCAAUUUCUUGCUAAUUUUGCUUUCUGAGUCGGAGAUAUGGCCGCCACCAAUGGAGUCGUGAAAGAGGAGGGGGGAUUGAUCGUCAGUUUCGGUGAGAUGUUGAUAGACUUCGUUCCGACCGUUUCCGGCGUAUCGCUGGCUGAGGCGCCCGGAUUUUUGAAGGCACCAGGUGGUGCUCCGGCAAACGUCGCGAUCGCGGUCUCAAGGCUCGGUGGAAAGUCGGCUUUCGUUGGUAAGCUAGGAGACGAUGAGUUUGGACACAUGCUCGCCGGGAUCUUGAAGGAGAACGGCGUCUGCGGCGAAGGAAUCAACUUCGAUAAAGGAGCACGGACUGCUCUGGCAUUUGUUACCCUGAAAGCCGACGGCGAUCGCGAGUUUAUGUUCUACCGGAACCCUAGCGCAGAUAUGUUAUUGACUCCCGAUGAACUCAACCUUGAGCUCAUUAGAUCUGCCAAAGUUUUCCAUUAUGGGUCAAUAAGCUUGAUAGUGGAGCCCUGCAGAUCAGCACAUCUUAAAGCGAUGGAAGUUGCAAAAGAUGCAGGGGCUCUUCUCUCCUACGACCCUAAUCUGCGGUUGCCAUUGUGGCCGUCACCGGAGGAGGCGCGUGAGCAGAUCAUGAGCAUAUGGGACAAGGCCGAAGUGAUCAAGGUGAGCGAUAAUGAGCUCGAAUUUCUCACAGGAUGUGAAAAGAUUGAUGAUGAGGCUGCAAUGUCUUUGUGGCACCCUAAUUUGAAGCUUCUGUUGGUCACUCUUGGUGACAAGGGUUGCAAUUACUACACCAAGAAUUUUCAUGGAACGGUGGGAGCUUUCGCAGUGAAGGCCGUGGACACGACUGGUGCGGGUGACUCCUUUGUUGGUGCCCUCCUGACCAAGAUCGUCGAUGACCAUUCCGUGCUAGAGGACGAAGGCAAGUUGAAAGAACUGCUGAGAUACGCGUGUGCUUGUGGAGCGAUCACGACCACCAAAAAGGGUGCGAUUCCGGCCCUUCCUACCGUGUCAGAGGUCCAAGGCUUUAUCAAGGAACAUUGUUAAGGAAAAAGAAAUCCAUUGUCGUCCUCUUCAUUGAAAAAUAAAUUUGUCCGAAAUGGUUUUGUAUUAUCACCAAUCAAAUGAUUAAAUGAAAAAAAACAACGAAAUCGAGUCAUGUCGAUUAGCGAAAGCCAGGGAUUUUGUAACUCAAGAGUGUGGGUUCACCUUUUGGUUUGUAUGUGUAGACUUUAGAUUGCUUGUUUCGUGUUUUGCAAAGCCUUUGAAUUAAAUCCUAAAUUUCCAAUUUAUUGCCU